AUGUAUCACGUUAAGUUGACACCAACAAAUUGUAAUUGUGAAAAAAAAAAUAUUUGUAACGUUGCAGUGUUUGGAAAGGCCAUUCAUGCACUUUCACGAAUUGGAGAUGAGCUGUGGUUGGAUCCCACCGUCAAAGGGCUCGCUCUGAGAUCAGUGAAUUCCUCUCAGUCUGCAUAUGGCUGCUUCUUAUUCUCAUCGAUGUUCUUCCACAACUACAGCCUGGCAUCAGAGCAGACGAGUGAAUUGAUUAAAUGCAAGCUUUACGUGAAGUCUUUGCUACCACUUUUCCGAUGUUUGACUUCUAUCGAACGAAAUGUGGAGCGAUGUCAGAUCUCAUUGAGUACUCCCAAUGACAAAAUAAUGAUAAAGUUCGUCUGUCGGCACGGCAUCACCAAAACCCAUAACCUGUGUUACCAGGAGAGUGCAGCUCUGCGGGCAGUGUUUGAUUCACAUCUCUGUCCCAAUGUGCUAAAGGGUCCUGCCAGGCUUCUUGCAAAUAUGGUGAUGCACUUCCAAAGAUCCCAGGAGGAAGUCACCCUCUCCAUAAGUCCUCUCCAAGUCAUUCUGAGAAAUUACCAUGAUGGAAGAAAUGAUCACAUGAAGAUGAUGUUCACUGAGAUGUCCUUACACCCCGACGAGUUUGACAAUUUUCUGUGCGGAGGGGACUCGGCCAUAACCUUCUGUCUGAAGGAGCUGAGGGGUCUGCUGUCCUUUGCGGAGAUGCACUGCCUACCAGUUUCCGUGCAGUUUGGUGCUGCAGGAAUGCCUGUGUGCUUUUCUGUGGCGGACACGGUCCUGGAGGCCACUGUGGUGUUGUCUACUUUGACAGAAAGUGGAGCCCAUUCCCAGUCCCAACCAACAAAUAUCCCAGACCCAACUUCACAGACCAGGCACACAGAUGUUGCAGCUAGAGAUCAACCCUCGAAUCAUCACGCUGGCAUGGAAGUGGUCGCAUCCAGCCAGGGUAGCCCCAUCAACCCAUCAACUCCUCUGGUGGAGCUUCACAAGCGCACCCUUCUUACACUUGGCACCCCCGAUGCGACUGCGAGUGGCGCAUCCUCAAUGGUUUGCUCCCUCCUGUUCCGGGCUUUGUCAUCAGAGCAGAAUGAUGAGAGAGCAACUGUUCUGGCUUGUGACAGCGACAUGGAGGAGGAAGAUGGAGACAAUAGAAGGACCCCCCAGUAUUAGUGGUCAUCUGGACUUACUUACAUCUGGACUUACUUUGUCUACUUGUUCACAGUCCUCAUUUAUCUAAUUCUUAAGAGGAUGUAUUGGGUUAUUUAUUGCAUCUGUAAUUCAAAUCAUUUAACAGGAAAAUGAAAUGUUUAGCAUAUGAGUUGGUCUGCAAAUGAAUUGCAUCAGUCAUUUCAUACAAGAGAAUAAUAAAUACUAUCUUUAUUUAAAUAUUGUACAGCAGAUCUGCAUUGAAGUGUACACUCAAAAUAUACAGACAUGCUCUUGCUUGUCUGGAGGACAACGAAGAAAUUCUUCUCGGUGGAAGUAGUCUGGAGUAGCCGUACCACCCAACCAGGAAAUUGCCGAGUCACGUUAAGAUUGCCCUCAGACACGUAAUAAUGCUUUCCAAUAUAGCAUUCCAUGCUUUUCUCUGACUCCCUUUUGUCUUCCAAUGUUCUCUUAAUUAAAUAAACAGUUCUUUAGUGCAAUCUUGUAAACUGGAAUCUUAUAUGGAUGGCUUUAUCACUGUCACUCAGAGCUUGUGACUGACUUGAGCAAAAUAAUUUCAGCAAAGUAUAGGUAAAACUAAUUUUCAAGACUGCGGGACAAGAUGGGGACAUUUUAACUCAUGGCUACUUGCAGUUUGAGCUCACCAACUGGCACACUGUGAGGAAUUUAAAGAAUUAUGUUUGCCAGUAUCAACAUUGGAUACAAGGCACAUCAUUACCAAACUACGGAAAAUUAUUAGACUAAAAAGGUGUGGUCGUCACGAUACACAAUAUGUGAUGCAUAUAAAAAGAAGCAGCAUCUUAUGGUGCUCCAGCAACAAAUCAAAAAUGCCAAUUAUGUUUUGAGUCGGUUUAAGGUAAACUAUUUGGUUAAAGUAAAAAAAAAAAA